AUGAAAGUACUCUCUGAUGUUAGCCCACCAGUCCAAAGUUUUGGUUUCCAGUACUCAUCACUGCCGGAGAAGAAGGCAGUGGUUCGUCUUCUAGAACUUCUUCCAGGCGACCCUGAUGGCAAGAUUCGAUGUGAGCUCAUGGAUUUCGAGAUUAAAGAUGCUGAUCAGAAGCCAUAUGAAGCACUCUCUUACGUUUGGGGGGAGGGGGAAGGUUCGACCGAAAUCACUGUCAACAACGAGAGGAUGACGAUUCGACCGAAUCUGCACUUGGCAUUACAAUCCCUUCGAAACCAGGAUUCCGCCCGAACGUUCUGGGUAGAUGCAAUCUGUAUUGAUCAGAAUAAUAAUAAAGAAAGAGGCCAUCAAGUGAAUUUGAUGAAGAGCAUUUUUCAAGGAGCAAAAGGGGUGGUCGUUUGGCUUGGAGAAGACACCGAGCAAACCAAUAUUGCCAUGGACUCCCUAAAUUAUCUUGCAGAUGUGCUUGACAAAUUUGGUGUAGGACAGCAGGAGGAUCUAAGAUCGAAAUCUCUCUUAAGAAUCAAUGUCCAUCAUCAAGAAGCAGUUGAUGGCUUUCGAGACCUUCUCCAAAGGCAAUGGUACCAGAGAGCCUGGAUCGUCCAGGAAAUUGCUCUUGCCCGCAGCGCUACUAUCAUGUGUGGGAAGAAGUCGGUCUCAGCAGGGAUUUUUUCGUCUCUCUCCUGGAUGCUUGAAAAAUCCGUUGAGAUAUCUCCAAUCGAGCCUCUACUAAAUGUUAUGCCCGGAUUCUUAAGAGAGAGAAAAGACUCCUGGUGGACGUUAGAACGGGAUCUCUUUGCGCUUCUCCUUAAAUUUCGCGACAGUAAAACGACCGAACAGAGGGACAAGAUCUAUGCUUUCCUUGGUAUUGCGAGUGAUAUUACCAACGGGAAUUUUGAAGCGAGCUACGAGAUUAGUGAGCAGGACCUUGUUCAGGAUAUUAUAUCUUUCCUU